CUAGAACCCCGAGUCGGAGCCGUGAGCGAGGUCGGGCCGUGGGACCCGGGGGACUACGGGGUAGGGGUUGGGGGGGCGGGUCGGAGAAGGCAGGCCUCGGCCUGGAGCCCGUGUGGGAUGACUGGCCAUGUCGCUCUCCCACCUGUACCGGGACGGAGAAGGCCGCGUGGAGGAUGACGACGAUGAGCGGGAGGACUUUGAAAUCACCGACUGGGAUCUCCAGAAUGAGUUCAACCCCAACCGGCAGCGCCAUUGGCAGACCAAGGAGGAGGCCACGUACGGGGUGUGGGCCGAGCGCGACUCGGACGACGAGAGGCCCAGCUUCGGAGGCAAACGACCCCGUGACUACUCGGCGCCGGUCAGCUUCAUCAGUGCAGGGCUCAAGAAAGGGGCGGCCGAGGAGGCGGAGGCCGGCGAUUCUGAUGACGACGAGAAGCCCAUGAAACAGGAGGACUUUCCCCCGAAGGAUUUGGGACCCAAGAAGUUAAAAACGGGUGGGAAUUUUAAGCCGAGCCAGAAAGGUUUCGCAGGAGGCACCAAAUCUUUCAUGGACUUUGGCAGCUGGGAAAGACACACGAAAGGGAUCGGGCAGAAGCUGCUCCAGAAGAUGGGCUACGUACCUGGAAGAGGCCUCGGAAAGAACGCCCAAGGCAUCAUAAACCCCAUUGAAGCCAAGCAGAGAAAGGGAAAGGGAGCCGUGGGGGCCUAUGGCUCUGAGCGGACCACGCAGUCCCUGCAGGACUUCCCCGUGGUGGACUCGGAAGAGGAAGCCGAGGAGGAGUUUCAGAAGGAGCUGAGCCAAUGGAGGAAAGACCCCAGCGGAAGCAAGAAGAAGCCCAAAUACUCUUACAAGACAGUGGAGGAGUUGAAGGCCAAGGGCAGGAUUAGCAAGAAACUCACGGCUCCCCAGAAGGAGCUGUCUCAGGUCAAGGUCAUCGACAUGACAGGCCGGGAGCAGAAGGUGUAUUACAGCUACAGCCAGAUCAGCCACAAGCACAGCAUCCCAGACGAGGGGCUGCCCCUGCCGUCCCAGCAGGUGCCACAGUCCGGCAGGGAGGCCAAGGCCCCGGGCUUCGCGCUGCCCGAGCUGGAGCACAACCUGCAGCUGCUGAUCGAACUCGCCGAGCAGGAGAUCAUCCAGAACGACCGGCAGCUGCAGUACGAGCGCGACAUGGUGGUGAACCUGUCCCACGAGCUGGAGAAGAUGUCCGAGGUGCUGGAGCACGAGCAGCGUGUCAUCGGCAACCUCAGCAAGGUGCUGGAGCUGGUGGAGCAGUGCGAGCGGCGCCUGCAGCCCAACUGCAGCAGCCCCCUCACCCUGGACGAGUGCGCCCGCGUCUUCCAGACCCUGCAGGACAAGUACCACGAGGAGUACCGCAUGUCCGACCGUGUGGACCUCGCCGUGGCCAUCGUCUACCCGCUCAUGAAGGACUACUUCAAAGAGUGGGACCCCCUCAAAGACUGCACGUAUGGCACUGAGAUCAUCUCCAAGUGGAAAAGCCUCCUGGAGAACGACCAGCUCCUGUCACACGGCGGGCAGGACCUCUCCACAGACGCCUUCCACAGGCUGAUUUGGGAGGUCUGGAUGCCUUUUGUUCGAAACAUCGUGAACCAGUGGCAGCCACGGAACUGUGACCCUAUGGUGGACUUCCUGGACAGCUGGGUGAACAUCAUCCCUGUGUGGAUCCUGGAUCACAUACUGGAUCUGCUCAUCUUCCCCAAGCUGCAGAAGGAGGUGGAAAACUGGAACCCCCUGACGGACACUGUCCCCAUCCACUCCUGGAUCCACCCGUGGCUGCCGCUCAUGCAGGCCCGGCUGGAGCCGCUCUAUUCCCCGAUCCGUAGCAAGCUGGCCAGCGCCCUGCAGAAGUGGCACCCCAGCGACUCUUCAGCCAAGCUCAUCCUCCAGCCCUGGAAGGAUGUCUUCACCCCUGGCUCCUGGGAAGCAUUCAUGGUCAAGAACAUCGUGCCCAAGCUCGGAAUGUGUCUCGGCGAGCUGGUCAUUAACCCCCACCAGCAGCACAUGGACGCCUUCUACUGGGUCAUCGACUGGGAGGGCAUGAUCUCCGUGUCCAGCCUCGUGGGGCUCCUGGAGAAGCACUUCUUCCCCAAGUGGCUGCAGGUACUGUGCUCCUGGCUCGGUAACAGCCCAAACUAUGAGGAGAUCACCAAGUGGUACCUGGGUUGGAAAUCCAUGUUCUCAGACCAAGUGCUGGCACAUCCGUCCGUCAAGGACAAAUUUAACGAAGCCCUUGACAUGAUGAACAGGGCCGUGUCCUCCAACGUCGGUGCCUACAUGCAGCCCGGUGCGCGCGAGAACAUCGCCUACCUCACCCAUACGGAGCGGAGGAAGGACUUCCAGUACGAGGCCAUGCAGGAGCGGCGCGAGGCUGAGAACAUGGCCCAGAGGGGCAUCGGCGCGGCGGCCAGCUCUGUUCCCACGAACUUCAAGGACCUCAUCGAGACCAAGGCUGAUGAGCACAACAUUGUCUUCAUGCCCGUCAUCGGCAAGCGGCACGAGGGCAAGCAGGUGUAUACCUUCGGCCGCAUUGUCAUCUACAUCGACCGCGGGGUGGUCUUCGUGCAGGGUGAGAAGACCUGGGUGCCCACCUCCCUGCAGAGCCUCAUUGACAUGGCCAAGUAGACACUGGCUGGCCCGCUGCAGCCAGAGGCUGUGAGCAGAAAGGGAUGUACGUGUAGGACCUGCUGUG